AGGUCAUGCUUGAUACACAGCCAGCAAUCGCGGCGGUCUGACCUGUUCUGUACAGCAUGUCGCUGGAGCAACUCUGUUGGCUGUGCAUUGAUGUCACACUCGAUAGCUAUAAGUCUUCUCUAUCUUCUUCUUUUGCAUUCCUCUACUGCUCAAUCAAGUUCCUGCGCCUAUCUUUCGUAGCCUUGACAUAUCCAUAUUGCUCAGAUCUUUCAGUAUACCUCACAGCAGGCUCCUCUUCCUUUUAACACAACCAUGAAGUACUUAGCUUCAGCCCUCCCACUUCUCUUCCUUUACAACCCAUCUCGCGUGACAGCUGCUUCAAGCUAUGCUGAUAACUCUGAGACUGCCAUUAAGGCUAUGAACGAUAAGUGGUACAACACUACCACUGGUCUUUGGGAUGGUCUCUGGUGGAACAGUGCAAACACUCUGACAGCGGUCAUCAAUUUCGCCUUGGUUGAGGAUUCGUGGAAGCCGACCGCUCAGGACAUCAUCUCCAACACUUACGCCAAAGCACCCAACAACAACGAAGGCGCAACGAGCACAACCUUCCUUAACGACUUUUACGACGACGAAGGCUGGUGGGCUCUCGCCUUGAUCGCAGCAUACGAUCUCACCGGAAACCACGACUAUCUCGACGCCGCAAUCGCCAUCUUCGACGACAUGACCACCGGAUGGAGUACGCCCUGCAACGGCGGGAUAUGGUGGAGCAAAGACAAGCAUGCCGUUGUGUCCAUCGCCAACGAGCUCUUCCUCUCUGUCGCCGCCCACCUCGCCAAUCGCGUGUCCAGUCAGAAAGACGCCGCCCUUUCCUGGGCAAAUGCCACGUGGAGUUGGUUUUCGAAUAUUGGCGUCAUCGCUGCCAACAACACUAUCCACGAUGGAGUCGAUGCUAGCUGCAAGGCGCAAGACAACAGCACGUUCUUCACCUACAACCAAGGCGUCAUCCUCGGCGGCCUAGUCGAAUUGAGCAAAGCUACAGGAGAGUCUUCCUGGAUCGACGAAGCCCAUAAGCUUGCCGCUGGCGCCCUCGCACAGUUCGCAAAUGGGCAGGGCAACAUCUUGACUGAGUUCGGCGGUGUCAACGAAGAUAACGACCUGGCCCAAUUCAAGGGCAUUUUCAUUCGAAACCUCGCCAUCCUGGAGAAGGCUUCGCACAAAGAUGCGUACACGACAGUCAUCAAGACGAGCGCCGAUUCUCUGUGGAAGAACGAUCAGAGCGGCGGUUUGGUCGGUCCGCACUGGCAGGGGCCCUUUGUAGACGUUACGACCCCGAGUCAAAGCUCAGCGAUAGAUUGCCUGGUUGCAGCAGCAGCUGUGUUAUAGCUAGAUUCUUAAGACUAAAGUCCAGAGUAUGGAAGUGGCGGGGUUUGAUGUUGAACUUGAGGAAACCCGGCUCUUUGGGACAGCCCCGAUUCCGGAUGACACGACCGAUCCCGAGACAUUACCCUUACUUCGGCACACACUUCUCAAUACUGGCUCUUGGCACCUGGGUUUUGGGAGGCGCAUGAUUUUCUUUGGCGUUUCUGUGCGGGCAGUGCAUUCUCAGGCAUCGGAUGGAAGAUACGAAGAUACCCAGCUUUUACGACCGCGAUUCCUUCUGAACCCUCAUUACUAUUGGUUUUCCGCGACCACGACAUUUUGACACCCAGGCAGUGGAACCGGGUCGGAGAGAUCUCUGCUAGGUGUUAUAAACGGAUUGGCGCAUUUCGCUACACUUGUACUUGUGUAAUGCAGAUGCUGUUAUUACGAGUGACGUAAAUAUUAGAUGACCUAC